UAAUAUGCUUCCAUGUCAACCUCUUGGAUUACGUGGAUAGAAAGCGUCGGCGUUUUAGUGCUAAAAUUUCCUAUUCUUCAAGUGAUGGAGACUUUGGAAGUUCAGUUUUUUGCUGCAUCUUGAUUUAAAAGGUCCAGAAAGAAAUAAGUAUCCAGGUCAAAAGGUUGGAGUAAACGAGCACGUAGCUUCUUUUUUUUUUUUAACUGUAAAGAUUCUACACAACUGGUUAGGUACAUUCGCUUAAAGUCUCCAAGGUAAGGAUCUAAAUCGCUUUAAGGCUAAAGCAGACUGCGGGGAAACUUUCUUGAAGGGCAAGGAAAGAGUGAAUUGGAAAGUGCUACAUUGAGAAACAGGGUUUGUUGGUUGAUGGGUAGUGUCUUGAAAUGUUUGAGAAAAUGCCAUUGGAUCGUAAGAUGUUCCAUGAUAUGUAUUGGGAAUAUCGGACACUGCCGCUUUGUACCACCAACUUAUGAUCUUUCGGAAGCUUCAAAAUGUAGCCUUAGGAUGAGUUGUAGCUUGCGCUUGAGAAAGAUAAUUGCAAGAAUUUUCAUUUGAAAGUUGUUUUAACCGAUCUUCUUCAAUUUGGGCCGUCGUCUUCUGGAGUUUGUCUCGCAACCCAGAUUAGUUGACAGAGCAUGUUCAUCAAUAUCUGAAUAUUUGUUUCACAGGCUGAGCAAACAGCAUCUUGACGUGGUUUCUGGGACUUCCGGAUGUUGGUUUUCGAUGGGUAGUUCUUGCAGCUAGUUCAAAUGGUUGGCCUUUUAUAAAUUCAUGGUGAACUGUGGUCUAUGUGUGCCGAGAUCGGUGGUUGGUAGAGAGACAAAGAGAGAUUUUUUACAUCCUUAUCAUCACCAAACUGGUUUGCUGUGAGAUUGGAUGGGAAGUGGAGAUAUGGGUGAUUGACAGCGUCUUUUCAACUCUCUGUCUCUCUCUCUCUCUGAAAUGGGGAGCCUGUUGUUACAUUGUUUUUCUUUCUACAGCAAAGGAGAAUCAACACGCUUCCUCUACUCUUCCUUCCCACUCCUCUUCAGGCAUCCAACUUUCCCUUUCGUUUUUCUUGAUGACCCACCUGGCCAAAUUCUCCAUUUAUUCAUCAGACCAACUUUAUUCCUUUCCUUAUACUUUUUGUCAUCGCAUUCAGUUUCUCAGAGUUCGGUUUGAGAUCAACAAAAAGUUUUGGUUUUUGGAAUAGCGACCAUGCCGUUCGGAUUCUUAUCUGCGUGGAACAAGAGGAGAAGAAGCAAAUCUCACGAUCUCAGCGAUCCGUGGAUAUACAAACCUUUGGAAUAUUGGCAACUCAAUCAUGGAGUUACCUCCACUGCUAAGAAGAGACAUAGCGGUUCUGUGUUUACUUUCAAAGAAAUGGAAGAAGCUACCCUAUCAUUCAAUGAUGAAAACUUGCUAGGAAAAGGUGGAUUUGGGCGCGUAUACAAAGGAAUCUUGCGGUCUGGGCAGGCUGUAGCAAUAAAGAAAAUGGAGCUGCCAUCAAGUAAGGAAGCAGAUGGAGAACGAGAAUUUAGAGUAGAAGUUGAUCUCUUGAGCAGGCUGGAUCACCCAAACCUGGUUGCUCUUAUUGGUUAUUGUGCAGACGGGAAGCAUCGUUUCCUGGUUUAUGAAUAUAUGCACAAUGGAAACCUGCAAGAUCACUUGAAUGGUACUAGAAGAGAGAAGUUGGAUUGGCCAUUGAGACUCAAAGUAGCAUUUGGAGCUGCAAGAGGACUUGCCUAUCUCCAUUCCAGUGCUCCCCUGGGAUUCCCUAUUGUGCACAGAGAUUUCAAAUCCACCAACAUCCUUUUGGAUGAAGACUAUGAAGUCAAGAUUUCAGAUUUUGGCCUAGCUAAGUUGAUGCAUGAGGGGCAAGAAUUAUAUGUCACAAGAGUGCUCGGUACUUUUGGCUAUUUCGAUCCGGAGUACACAGCAACAGGAAAACUUACGAUUCAGAGUGAUGUAUAUGCAUUUGGAAUAGUUCUCCUGGAACUGCUGACUGGUCGGAAAGCGGUGGAUUUGAACCAGGGACCAAAUGAACAAAGCCUUGUACUACAGGUAAGACGCAUGCUGAAUGACCGGAAGAAGUUGUAUAAAGUGAUCGAUCCUGAUCUUAAUAGGGGAUCAUACACCUUCGAAUCUGUUGCAAUGUUUGCAAACCUUGCAUCUCGAUGUAUACGUAUUGACAGUAGUGAAAGACCAACGAUGAUAGACUGUGUCAGGGAACUUCAAAAGAUAUUCUACAAUAACUCAAAGGCGUCGGGCUUCUCUUCCGUGAACCUUUGAUGUCUCAUAUUGAAUAUUGUAUUAUGAGGUCUGCAUGUUGGGCUUUUGUAUAAUUUAAAUUAAACAGCAUCAUGUGAUGCACAUGUAAGAUAAGCUGUCUAUUUGUCUAUAAAAAGCGAACGGAUGGAACUGGAUCCAAGUUCAUUAUGAAAUUUAAAUUGACAAACCGAGUUGACAUAGUAAUAGUUCUCCAUAUUCAUGCUUCCAAACCUUGCUAGACAGUAAUACCUGAAGCCAUCAAUUCCACACAUCAUGACACUGUCCUGAAUGUCCAAGUACUCAGCCUCAUUAAUCCUUUUCUAGAUUAACAGGCAACCGAGUUGCAUUAUUCACAAGCUAACAAAUUCAUUUUCUUCGUACCAAAUAACAUUGUGAAGCAUGCAAGAAAAAUUCUUCUUUGCCUAGUCAUUUGAAAAUCCGUUUUUGGGUCACUACAGCACCUGUACUGUGCCUGAGAAUAGAGUAACUUAUGAAGCCUGGGCAGCAAAACUGAUCUUGUAACUUAAACUAAGGAAAUGAUUUCACGCAGAUUGCAAGGAGCACUUGCACUAUAAUGUGAACACAUUUGAGGGCGUUCCUAAAAAGCUUGGUUGAGACACACCGUUAUAUUUAUAUAUAACAGGGAUGUGUGGACAGGAUGCUGCUGAAGUGUAGCAUCCAAGCCAAUUAUUUCCAUGACAAUGAACGUCUUCAACAAUGCUUCUGCCAGCACACCAUUUAGAUGUAUAAGGUCCUUGGAGUUGGAAUGUCUGUCUCUCCC